AUGAGGCCCAAAUUUUUUCAGUCGCAUGUAUUCCUUUCAUUAAUUUAUUUUUUGCUAAAUGGCAAAUCUAAUUGUCAAUCUCUUCUGCCCGUGUCUUACGCAACUCACCAAUUGUAUUCGUUUGACAAACUAACACCCCUAGAAAUAAAAAGCAACUUGAAAAAGACUGUAGGAAGUUUCAUAACUAGUAAAUUAAAGGACAUAAAAAGUAAAUUUUAUGAUUAUAAAAUUUAUGGCACAGGUAUGCGUGGUAUCAGCGAUGGCGGUAGAGGCAAUGACAAUAUUGGUAGUAAUCUUGAUGGAGAGAAAAGUGAAGAAUGGAAAGGAGAUUAUGAUACCUCCCUAGAAGAAGAAGUGAAAGCCCUGCUUGAUAAAGCCCAAAAUAAAAGAUAUUUAUCAAAACGGAUAAGAGAAUCACAUGAUCGUGCUUUAAAGAACUUAAAAGAGAAAAAUAAUGGAAACGCGAGGGAUGAAGAGAAAACGAGAAAAUUGUUAGAACAUAAUUUAGAACAAAUAAAUUAUUUAAAUAAAAAAUCUGGUUAUUUAGAAAAUAAAGCAAAAGAAUUAAAAAAACAUUUAAAAAGUAGUAAAAACAAAACAUAUGAACAGCAAGUUACUAACUGUAAUAUUUACAAAACAGGAAAAUUAAAAUUUGUUUCUUCGUCUAACGGAUUAAAGCAUUCAAUUGAUAAUGUUCAAGGGAAAAUUAAUAAUAAUGGUUUUACAAUAUUUUAUAAAUAUAAAAAAAAAAUAAACUACUUAUGGAAUAUUUUAGAAUUACCUAUUAAAUUAAUUGGAAGUGUUGAACAAUGCUUUGUCUUUACUUAUAAAAAUAGCAAUCAAAUUUUUUGCACAGACAAUAAAUUAAAAACAUCAUCUUGGGUAAACAGCUUAACAGAAGCCUCCACUUGUUAUCACUUUGGAAUAAAAGGUAUGUUAGUUAAUAUAAAUAAUGUUAAAAAUAUAAAAGAUAAAUUAAGUAAAAACAAAAAAGCGAAUAAUUAUAAUGAUAAAAUCUUAAUAGUUGAUUUAAAGCCAGAUCAUGAGAAAACUCGAGUAUAUGUUAAUGGAAAACAGCAAAAUAUGGAAAAGAAUGAUGAUGGCGUAGUUGAUUUGAAUAAAAUUAAGAAAAAAAUGGAAGAUGAAAAGAAAAUAAGCAUGGGGGAAGAAAAUAACCCUCGGGAAGUUGCUCACGAGGAUGAAGUUCAAGGGGGAGAAGCACAAACAGACGAUGGUGAUGGUGAUAAAGAUACUGAUGCUGAUGUUGAAGAAGCAGAAUAA